GAAUAAUCUGGGCUGGGUGCGGGUGCUGCUGCUGCUGAGACGCGCUCGCGCGUAUAGUCGCUUUAUUUAACGGAAUAGCGUAUUUAUCGUGUUUUUAAAAACAUGUCAAAUGUUAGCGUGCGUGCUUCUGAGAAGGAACUACAAGUUUAAUGUUGUGGCAGAGAGAGAGAUUGUGUCCGAGGGAUUGUGCACACUGUUUAGGGGGCUUUAUGGUUGUGUGCGUGUGAUUGAAAUUGCGCCUUUCAGCGUCUUUUUUGAAUACGUGUUGUAGCCUAUGCGCGCGUGAAGAAGGGAGUUUAAUGUGGCAGCGAUAGUGCAGUGGUUAAGUGCACACUGUUCAGUGGAUUUAUGUUUAGUGUGUGAGUGUUCGUUAUGUUGUUGGAAUUACGCCUAUUAGCGUCUUUUUGGAGGAUGUAUUGUACAGAAGGGGCUACUUUCAUGUUGUGGCAGAUAAAGUGCACUCUGUUUUGGGGUGCAUGCCAUAUGCUCGCGUAAUGAUGGGACUAUUUAAUGCUGUAGCAGGUAUAAACCAUCCAGGGGUUUUAGAGAACACUGUUUUGGGGGGUUUGGGUGCGUGCUUUGUGGUUAGAAUUUAAAACGUGCUUAUGCUUGCGUGCUUUUAAGGAAAGUGUCUACUUUCAUGUUGAGGCAGAUAUAAAAAGAGAGCAUGGGGUUGGGUGCUCUCUGGUGGGGUGUUUCUAAUGUUUUGCCAGAAGAAACCAAUGCCGGAAUGGUUGGUUGAGUUGCUGUCAGAUCCAGAUCCAGUGAAUCGCACCCUUGACUGGCCGGCAGGCUGGCAGAGUGCGUGUGCAUGUGUGGAGCCCAUAUGCCCAUGUGUGGGGCAUGAGUUUUGGGGCACUGCGUGCGUGCUCGCUCGCGUGCUUGCUUUUGGUAGCUAGCGCGCUCGUCGCUCGAUUGCUUGCUUGCAACUUACUUAGCAUUAGCGCGUGCGAGCAAGCGAGUGAGCUCCAGCUGUGUGUGCUAGACGUGCUUAAGUGUUUGUGUGUGUGUGUUUUCUUGAUGGGGGACAAAAACAAGAAUAACAAUAAAAACAAACAAAAAAACCCAAAUUAGGGUGCUGCUAGAGGUUUAAGCAAUAUAACACUGUUUUAAAUGUAUCGUGAGACCACGACACCGUCUGCCUGCUUUCAUGAGCAUUUGGCUGUAGUCGUGCAUUGCAGAGUCCUGUUGAAUUGGAUGAAGUGCAGGAAAGUUUGGAUUUGGAAAAAGAUCACUAUACUAAAAAAUGAGAGCUUGGGGUGGUGAUAUACUUAAGGUAUAUAUGGACAUAUAUUUACCUUGUCUCUGUCUUCAGUACCUUUAGUUAUGGGAUAAAUAUAGUUAUAGUAUACAGGUGUUUUAACUACUCUAAAGGGACACAGUUGCACCUGGGGGAACAAGUUGUUCCUUUCUAAAAGGUACAUUGUACUUUUCGUGCUUUCUGUUGAACAAAAAUAAACAAGAAGCUACUUGUACAGUACUUUCUUGUAUUUUCUGACAGUGUAAGAUAUAAAGUUAAAAAGCGUCUAACUUUGUAAAAUAAAUCAUUUUAGCGUUAAGGUCUUUUUUUAGGAUUAUUAAUAUUGUGAUUUUAAUCCGUGUUUAUGAUUCUGUGGGCUUGUUUUUGUACGUGCUGUGUACGUGCUGCACUUUUUUCCACGUCUAACUUACUUGGCGUAGGGAUCUUGUUUUCUUUGGGGUGCAUCUGUUUUACAUUAGCUAUCCGCGGAUGAUUCGCGGGUGAAGCGCUGCUGCCGCUGCUAGGAGGAGGAGGAGGCAGCGGCAGCGCUGGCUGAGGUUGGCCGGACUCAGAGCGCUCCUCCCCGGCUGCGCGUCGAGCUAAAACAGCCCCCUCCUUCACUUAGUAGCCUGGUUCAAGUUCAGGUUGCUGAGCUAAAAUUAGACAAUUACAGCAGAAAGAACCACGAAGAACAUUUUUAAACGUUGGUUUCAAUCUGUCUACAUGCUGUUUAAUCUGUAAAAUCAGUAGUUGUAGUUGUCAGAUUAUUUUUUUUUUAACUAGCUAGUUAACAAGUUACUCAUCCAGACGUAAGCCUAUAGCUAUACACAUUUCUCAUUUAUUCGUGAAAAAGUUUGACUGAAAUCAAGUAAAAAGUAGUUAAAUAGAAGAAAGACGUAAAUAAGUAAAAAAAAAGAUGUGCAGAUGUGUGGUAUAUCUGGUUAACAGGCAUAUCACUAUUUAAUAUUUUUGUUUGAUGUUUUGUGCGUUGUUUUAGAGAGACAGUUACAAUAGCUUGCCAAAAGUAUAGGCUAGCACAGCAACUACCGAACAACCCCACAGCAGCCACUUGGCAACACCUCGGCAACCAGUGGGAACAACAUUAGCUGUUUCCUAGUUUUCUAACUUAUAUAUACUUGCACCGCGUGGCUGAAAGGUGUCUCGAAUGACAGGCUGCUUCACUAGACUUUGGCAUUUAGCGAGGGGGUCAAAAAAGUGUAGGACAGGGAUGGGUGGGUGUGUGUACGGGGUGCGUGUGCUAUUCCUGGACGGUGCAAAAACUUACUUGCGUGUGUAUACAAGUGUGUGUGAGAGUUGGGUUACAGACAGUUCAUUAAACAUGAUCAUUAAUAGCUGGAUACUGGAUAUUCGUCUAUACUAUAGCUUACAUAGUAGAGAUAAGAAAUAUAGAGAGCAAACUUUUAUCUCGUUCUAUAAGAUAAGGGAAUGUCAAUUUGGCAGGAAGGAUAUUGCAUCAUGUUAUUUAAAGACAAUUGCAUAGUAAACAUGACAUUGUGAUAAUUUUGACAAAUGCAUCAGUAACAGCAGAUUCUUCAAAACUGCUGUUAAAACACUUUCCUAAACUUUUAUAUACUGCACUUACAUUUAGUUAUACAGGACUAACUACACUGUAGGUGUAGCUUAAAGUAUUUGUGUGACAAGCAGACAUUUAGUCUGAUUAUAUUACAGUUAUAUAAUUUUUUUGUCAUUGAAUGUGUUGUCUAAAUAAAUAAUUCUAAUAAUUGAUACAUUGAUAAGUAAAUCGUAAAGUUUGAGAUGUGCAGAUGUUUUAUUGUCUUAUUUUAUUCUAAUAAGUGAUCUGUUGCUCAGAUACAUUUGCAGAUAGAGCUCAGUGUUAACUGAAUGGAGCGCUGUGUGAGUUUUAUCAGAUGUUUAGGGACAUCUUGUGGUGGACGUGGAAGUAGUAAAGGUAUAAAAUGGCAAAAAAUAAGUGGACAAAGUUACUUUCUGGUUCAGUGACAGGAUUGUGCAGUGCAGCCAUGCAGUUGUGUGUAUUUGUAUUAGGGCUGCACAAUAUUGGGAGGAAAAAAAUACAUUUUUAAUAAUAAUGCACUGUGUGUAUUUAAGAUAGGAGUAAAAUGAAUACUGGGCUGACAUUAUGUGCUUUUGGAAGAUAUGUAAUGUAAAAAAGCACUUUCAACAAAUACAUUUUUCCAAGUGUUGAGUGUUUGUUGGUGUGUCUGCUGGGAUGUUAAAAAUGUGGUGUUAACAAAAUAUUUAUAAAUGUUUUUGUUUUGCAACAUUUGCAACUUUUUCUUUGAAAAUUGUUCCAAAAUACAUUUACCCCUAUGUUAUUUUAUAAUUUAUUCAAUUUGGAACAUUUAGUAUAAAAAACAGUAAAAAAUAAUAAUUGAAAUAGAUUUGCCUUAAGUGACAAUUGUGCAUGCCUAAAUCAGGAUAACUAUGCUGAAUUGAUAUAUUGUGCAGCCCUCAUGCAUGUUGAUAUAGGUGUUUAGAAAUGUGUAUAUGAUUCUAUAUGUAUAGAAAAUAAAUGUGGUACCCUGAAAGUUUUUUUCAAAGUUCUUGCUUGAGGAAUUUCUGGUCAUAAGUCUGGCUGAUUUCAUUCUGAAAGUGUAAACACACACACACACAUUCUGGCACAGAAUGUAGGUUAGUGAGAGAGGACACUGACGGUGUGACUUCACUCUGAAAGGGAAUCUGGCUGCGAGCGAAUACGAAAUGUUCAACAUGUGAGAAAUGUUUACGGCUCAGUUUAUUCGCACCCGCUCCCGGACUCAAUCUGCCAAAGUGCUGAAUGCAGUGCUGAUGAGCGGACGGGACAGUGCUGAGGUGAUGACCUGGCAACCACACAGAUCUUGACAAAAUGUCGUGUGCAGCAGACAGCUGCAUCCAGUUCACGCGCCACGCCAGCGAUGUCCUGCUUAACCUGAACCGGCUGCGCAGCCGAGACAUCCUCACAGACGUCACCAUCCUGGUCAACAGACAGCAAUUCCGCGCUCACAAAACAGUCCUGAUGGCCUGCAGUGGGCUCUUCUACACGAUAUUCACUGAUUCGCUAAAAUGCAACCUGAACGCGAUCAGUCUGGACCCGAAGGUCGACCCCGAGGGUUUCGCCAUCCUGCUGGAGUUCAUGUACACGUCUCGUCUGACACUAAAGGAGAGUCUGAUUAUGGCUGUGAUGAACACAGCUAUCUACCUGCAGAUGGACCACGUCGUCGACACCUGCCACAGAUUUAUUAAGUCCAGUGACUCCUCUAUCAAACUCCCCCGAGAGGACUUCCUGGUCAGCCCCCUGCUCUUAUCCCAGGACGUUCACGGGUACAGACCUCACGAGGUGGUGGAGAACAUGCCAGGGCGAGCAGGAGGACCCUUCAGAGAAGGGCGGCCAUACGGAGCGGGCAUAUUCAAUGGGGUUAAUGCCCCCAGCAGCCCGUACCACCUGUACAGCCAGUUCCCCAUGCAGGGGUUCCACUUCCCACUCUGCAAACUGGCAGAUACCAAGAACACUUUCCCUGACUUCUCCAAAGGAGCACCCAUUCAGCACAAACACUGCCCCCCUGCCGACGGUGCCAGCAGCGCCAUGCUGACAGACUAUGGGCGCAGUACCGCCUCUAGCAUGUGCCACGCCGGCCCCUACUCCUCUGCCCGGGAGCUGGGCAGGAACGAGGAGAUGAAGCGGGAGAGCCUGGAGGGGCUGGUACAGUCCAUUGGCAUGAGCUCCAGAAAGCACGGCAUGGCUGGCAUGGUCGGGCUUGCAGGGCUGGCACAGGAGCAGCAGAGGGAGCCGGGUAAAGAGCAGGGCCCUCUGGCCGAAGACGACCUGACCCACCAACACUACUCCAUUGGCAUGCCCUCCAGCGGGCGCAAGACCCUGAUGAGCAGCCCUCAGAGCCCCCUGAAGUCCGACUGCCAGCCCAACUCGCCGACCGAGUCCAGCAGCAGUAAGAAUGCAGCCCUGUCGCAGGCCUCACAGCCACCCGCUCUGCCAGGUACGCAGGACCCCAAGGCCCGCAACUGGAAAAAGUACAAAUUUAUCUUCCUCAAUCAGACCACCAAGGAGGAGGAGAGCGGACCGCACGACCCGGAGAUGCGCUCGCCCCAGCGGCUAGGACUGCCCGCCUUUCACCCAACCUCCGAAACCGACCACCAAGAACCGCAGGGCACCAGCGCCAAGCUGAGCGACCACAGCGACGACUUCACUGUGCCCCAGGCCAGCCGCCUCAACAACAUCAUCAACAGAACUCUUGAGGGGUCUCAGCGGAACAGCGAUGGACACUCGUCUCUCUAUAUGAGCCAUUUAAAGUGCAGUUCCUGUGGCUCUCAGUCGCCGCAGCACUCGGACGUCUGCCCCAACACCCCCGGCUCACGUCUGACAGAGGAGCUGUCUGAGCUGCACUCCGAGUACUCCGACUCCAGCUGCGAAAACGGUACGUACUUCUGUAACGAAUGCGACUCCAAAUUCGCUGAAGAGGAGGUUCUAAAACGCCACAUGCUUCAGGUCCACAGCGACAAACCAUACAAAUGUGACCGGUGCCAAGCAGCAUUUCGCUAUAAAGGAAACCUGGCCAGCCAUAAAACAGUUCACACAGGAGAAAAGCCGUACCGCUGCAACAUCUGCGGUGCCCAGUUCAACCGACCAGCCAACCUCAAGACCCACACACGCAUCCACUCUGGAGAAAAGCCAUACAAGUGCGAGACGUGCGGUGCCCGCUUCGUUCAGGUCGCUCACCUGCGCGCCCACGUUCUGAUCCACACCGGAGAGAAGCCAUACCCCUGCGAAAUCUGCGGCACUCGCUUCCGACACCUGCAGACGCUCAAGAGCCACCUGCGCAUACACACAGGAGAGAAGCCCUAUCAUUGUGAGAAAUGCAACCUGCACUUUCGACACAAGUCUCAGCUGCGGCUGCACCUGCGGCAGAAGCACGGCGCCAUCACCAACACCAAGAUCCAAUACCGCAUGUCCACCACAGCCCUGCCCACCGACCUGACCAAGGCUUGCUGAACAAAUGCAUGGGCCUGCCCCGACCACGCCGUUCUCUGAGCCUGACGCGUACAAUCAUCCGAAAUUGUAGUGCCACACUGUGUUGAUCAGAAAAGAAGAGACUAAAAAAAAACUAUAAGGCAUCUGAUGCCGAUCUACGGGUUUCCUCUACAUGUGAACAUAGAACCACAAUCGGUCUCUUGUCACUUUAUUAUUGUUUAUAUUUGCGUAUAAAUAUGAAUAUACAGUAACAUUGAGUGUUUUUAAGCUUCGAGUUACAGAGAAGAAAAAAGCUUUAUUUUGUUGAGAAAAAAAAAAAACGGAGGACGGAAUGUAAAACAUUUACAAAUCCAGUUUUUGAGAAUACAGUAUUUUAUAUCAAAGAAAAAGUUACUUUUCUGAAAGUAUUGGGGAAUUUUAAUUGAAGGCUGGUAUAUUUUGAGGAAACGGUAUUCUUUGGCAGUGUAAAGAACUGAAUUGUGUUCAUAGAAUUUGUUUUGUUUUUUAUACAUGUACCACAUAUAGUAUGCCACACUAUAGAAUUAUUAUAAUGGCCCCAGUCGUGGAAGGCAAUCCUGGCUGUGACUGUACCCCAGUUUACAUGCUCAUGUGAGGCUUAUAUGGGUUCCAGGUGGGCAUGGGCCCCAAUUAAGCUAGUUGGGUUUUUCCAAAUGGGCUCCAUCACUACAGCCCACAUUAAUCUCACACAUGUAGGUCCCUGUUUAGGCUCCCUUUGCAGUGUUCAACCCAAAUGGGGCCCAUCCGUGAGUAAACUGUCAGUAAUCCAGUCAACGCGUUUUUAUUAAUUCCAAUUACUUCAGAUAGUUUGAGUUUGUCAGUAAUCCCAUCAACGCAUUUACAUGAACUUGGUGAUCAGAUAAUGGGAAAACUCAGAGUUUACAUGAGUCAGACAAUAAUGAGAGUAUUUCUUUGCAACACAGUCUGAUUACUGCAAAAUAUUGAAGUUUGUCAAUAAUCUUAAUCAAUGCAUUUACAUAGCCUCAGGUAAUCAGAUGAUAAAUGGGAAAACUAUAAUCAGUCAAACAAUAAUCCGAUUUUUGCUUUGCAAUUAAAACUUUAUAAUCUGAUUACUGCAGAACAUCAGAGUUUGUCAGUAAUGCGAUCAAAAUGUUUGCAUGAACCUUCUAACUUAAUUACUGCAAAACACUGGAUUUUGUGAUUCAUUUAAUCAACACGUUUACAAGCACUUUUUAAAUCCAAUUAUUGAUAAAUAUUUUUGAGUUUGUCAGUAAUUAGAUCAAUGUGUUUACAUGCACUUAAUAAUCCAGUGACUGCAGAUAACACACAUCAAGCCACAGUUUGAUCCUAUAUUAGCUAGAAGAUGAAAAUUGUUUAACAUCACCAGUUUCAGCAUUGCUCCAAAAGUGUUAGGACAUAAUGUAUGUUAGGGCAUACAUUUCUGAGCUAAAACACAGCUCUCUUUAUCAGAUUCUUACUCUGAUCUAAGAAAACAGGGUAGGCUGUUUACAUGAUUUGGCCACUUGAAUUAUCAGAUAACUGCAGUAAUCCCAUUAUUAAUCUGAUUAUUUAUCUGAUUUUUUAUCUGGAUUUUGGAGUAAAUGUAAACGCACUGACUGAUCUCUGGGUUAAAUGUUGGGUCCCAGUUUUGGGCUGCCUGUACAGCCCUCACAGGAGCAUGUUAUCUGGGGUAAUGUUUUAAUAUAUGAAUUGGUUUUAUUAUUAUUAUUUGUAUAUGAGAAUGACGGCUGCUCUCUCUCAAUGUAAAUCAUGCAUGAGGAGGUCGCUACUGGUAAACAUUCAUUACGCAGGCUGAUGCAUAAACAUUGUGACAUAAUGCAUAAUUAUAUCCCCGAGAUUGCUCUCUGCUGGCAGAACCAAUCUUUUUUAAUUAAAUAUUAAAAUAU